AUGCGGUCUCUCGUCCUUCUUCUGCUUCUUUCGGCUUUUGCGGCCGCCAGCCACCACCACCACACCGUCUACGACCCUUACUUCGACGUCUACUUCGAUCAAAUCUGCCGCGAUUCUCACAAAAACGAGCCUGUUCUCACACACAAGGGCCUCGGUUGGCGCUUGAACCGAGCCAACUGGUGGGACAAAUAUGCGUCCGGUCCCGGAGAACUGACUCCGUUGCUGAACGCACAACGUGAGUUCCCAUCCUCUGAUCGUCUUCAAAAACGACCUCUCAUAGUAAGAAAAACUUCAUAUGAAGGAGGUUCUUAGCCUCGCUUUUUGUGAAUACUAGUCAAAUUGUACUCCAUGUCCUUUCAAUUCCGAAGCUAAUUUUUCCCAACUUCCAGAGUUCCCACCCCAACCUCCCAGAGCGGUGCCGAUGCCACCUCCACCACCUCCACCUACACAGCAGAUCUGGCGUCCAAACAACCCACAAGGAACUCAAAAUGGAAUCUUCCGUGGCGUUAUAUUCCGAGGAUGA